ACCAGAGCCUAUAAAUGAAGCGCUGCGCCCUCUGAGGUAGGAGAAGAGAUCCAUCGGCCGUCAUGUCCGAGGAAGAGUUCCAGAGAGCCGUGGAGGAGUCGAAGGUCCUGAAGGUGAGGCCGAGCACCGAGGACCUGGGGGUCCUGUACGGGCUCUACAAGCAGACCACCGAGGGGGAUGUAAUCACAGAGCGACCUGGGAUGCUAGACUUUGUUGGGAAGAAGAAAUGGGACGCGUGGAAAUCCAGAAAAGGUCUUUCCAAAGAAGAAGCAACGAAAGGCUAUAUUAAGGCUGUUGAAGAUUUUAAAGUCAAGUACGGCAUCUAGGUGCUGUUCCUUACUAAUCUUUACACUACAUGUAAUGUGAUGUCUUAACCCAUCCAUAUGUAAUUUCUUUUAAUAUUUUGUUGGUUGUAAAAAAAAAAUACACUUCAAGCAUUUGUACUACCUCUGCAGAUGGGUUUCUAAAAAGCACAAGGUUUUCAUAUAAAAAACAUGUAUUUUAGGCUACAUCUUUCUGAUUUGGAGAGUAGACCUUUUUGGCACAAUAACAAACAGUUAGCUCUAUUUCAUCUGCACCAAUUUAAAUGCUUUCCAUCACACCUGCAUGUAUUGAGAUAUCAGAUGAAGAAGGACAGAUGAUUGUAGUAGAGCAUUAUCAGCGGACCCACUGGAGCUAGUUAACAGACUUUAUACUGGAAUAGAUCGAUACAUAGAGAUAAAUGCUUUUGGGAAGACUUCAGCUGAAAGAUGUGGUUAAGGGUGGUUGAGUAUAGGCCUUCUCACUGAAUUAUAAGGUAAGGUUUUAUUGUAUCAAGGUACUGAACAAGGGAAAGCAAUGCAUCAUUGGUUAAACUCCCAGAAAUAGUCAUGAUCCAGUUCCUUAAAUUGGCACUAUGUGACUUGUAACUGUUGCAGCUAUUUACUCCAUUAAAUCAUAUCGGAACUGUAAAGUUUCUCAAUAAUAAAUCGUGCCCAUCUA